GUGAAGCCUUGUCGCGCCAACAAACAUUUUCCCAGACGGUAUUGUUUAGCUGCAGCUGCUGGAGCCAUAUCAGGAAAAUUCCUGUCAAACCGCGUGCCUCGACGAACGUACUGAGACGCGUUGCUGUUCGCCACUGCAACCAUAUCUGCUGUGCACGGUGUACGACUCGGUGUCGCGUAAAGUAACUCAACGCAUUCUACCCGGUAAGAAUCUUCAGUGACGCGCUACGCGAAGGAGUCCGUUUUUCUGCACCUUGGCAUCGGUGCCGAGACGACAGGCCGGCUCCCUUCAACCACACUCUGAGGCGUCGUAACGGUUGGCGAAGAACGCAUCUUGUUGAAACUUGCGAACCGUAAAGCAGCAGCCUAGCGUGCUACAACAACUACAACACAGCGCCAUGGGAGACUUUAUGAACAUGAGCCUCGAUGAUAUCAUCAAGCAGGGGAAAAAGGAUCGCAAACCAACUCCCGGUACCGCCGCUGGUCUCACGAAGACGGUACGCAAGAAUGGUGGCGCACGGCGCUUCGGUACCGCCGGACCCUCCUCGGAGAACAAUGGUGCGGAUUGGCUGAACAAGAAGCCGAAACCGGUGGCCGAUGCACGGAAUAAGAUCAUACAGAAGAAGCGCUCGAAGAUAGUGGACGCGCGCGACAAGCUGAUCGAGAAGGCCCGUACCGGGGGCGAUGCGCGCCUGCGUUUGAACCGCAAAGGGUUGGUCCGAGGUGCCGAUGCUGGUGUCGUAGCUGGUUCCGCGCCGCACAGCCGGAACGGAGUGCACAAAGGCAUCCCACAUGGGUAUCGUCGCCACCACCACCACCACCAGCUGGAGACGGUUGGUCUCCCCCAUCCGCCAUCAUCCAGCAUUAGCCGGGGCCGGCUGAUGGUGGACCCGUACGGUGUAUCGGUGGCCGAACUGGAUCCGAUGGAGCUAGACGAUGAUGGUGGGUUGGCGCACGGUGGUAACCGCCGGGUGGUGACGACUUCGCCACUCAAGCGUACCGUUUUGAAUGAUAGCUUCAGCAUGCCCAUCUCGAUGCCACCGCCGCCGAACUUUCGUACCGGGCGCCAACCAUCCCCGCCACCGUCCGCGAGCGGCGCGAAUUGGAUGAACGAUCCGUUCGAAUGCUACGAACCAAUUCGGCGACCGAACCUGCAGGCAGCCGCAGGGUUACCGCUGCCACCAUCACAAUCGGUGCGAUCGUUGGCCCACGCACAUCCACCAUACGAACCGUCGGCCGUUCGGCCGCGUAGCAGCCUCCGCACAACAACCAUAACGCGUCGUCCCUCCUCGCCUGGCCUGGCGGGAGUCGGUGGAUUGCCGUUCGACUUUCAGCCACCCGAGAUGCUGUCGUCGGCGAUGCGUGCUCGGCUGCAGCGGGCCCCCAAUCCGAACGAAUCGAUGGGCAUCUUCGCCAAGAUGCCACCGGAAGAGCCCAUAGAGCAGUACAAACCGGCCACAUACGUGCCCAGCUCAUCGUACCGGAUGCACACGCCUGCUUCUGCUUCGCCACCGCGCGCCGGCACCAACGAAUACCGCAUCAUUGUCAGCAAUCUUCACAGCACCGUGACACAGCAAGAUAUUCAGGAGCUCUUCGAAGAUAUCGGAGAUCUGCAGGAAUCGCGCCUGGUUCGCCCGGGAGUCGCCGAGGUUGUCUAUCGUACACUGCGCGAUGCCGAGCAGGCAGUCGAUGCCUACCACAAUCGCCAGCUAGACGGGCAACCGAUGACCUGUCUGCUGGUUCACCCGCGCUCCUCGGGCAAACCGACCGCAUCGGCCAUGAAGUACAGCAGUGGCACAACACAGGCACUGGCGGUACCAAUGGCUGGUCGCGCCGUUUCCACUAUGUCGUCAGUGGCGACCAUUUCGCCGAGCAAGAGCAACAGCGCCACCAGCAACAAUAUCGGCGGCAGCUCCGCUAGUGGCGGCGGCGGUACGGGCAGCACCAGUAAACCAGAUCGUGCCAUGGAGAUUGACAUCGACGCACUGCACUCGGUCCUGUUCCGGCGCAACUACUAAGUCGAUAGCCUUAGUGCUAGCUUAAGCUCGAUAGCCUUAAGAAUGCGUGUCAUCGGUGAACCAUGUAUGGUGCGAAGAACAGAGAGGGAGAGAGAGAGAAAGAGAUUGAGGAGGGAUUGUAAGGCGCGGGAAACGGCGGGUUAAGUUAACGAAAAGGAAAAUCCAACCGAAUCAGUCAGAGUAGUAACACCCGAGCAACCAAGAACAACGCUUUCCUUUGGGCUUAGACUGUGAGAUUCGUCGUCGAGGAUAGUAAGUGGUGGAACUAGCGUGAGCGAGUAUUGCGUUUGUAAUUGUAAUCGUAAAAGUAUUGCAAAUACCAACCUUUCGCUAGUAGGGCGUUGCUAUUUUUUUUCUUCUUUCAACAAUUUCAUUCUUUUAAUUGAAUCCAUUCCGUUAUUCCGUCAAUAUCUGCAUUCGUUCUUUUUUCAUUCUUUUAAUUGAAUUCGUUCCGUCAUUCCGUCAAUAUCCGCAUUCAUUGUAUUCGUUCUUACGUGAAAUGAUGCAUAACGAUGAGACGAUGAGUCCGUGAUGUAUCGUAGUUGGGCCCCAGUUUAGGUGAUGAUACGGAAAAAAAAAUAGGAACUCUAGAAACAAUCCUCUCCAUUAGCAGGAUCAGAAUCGCAGGAUCGCACCGAGCAGAACAUCCUAGCAGCGGGCAUGGGCAAAUACCUCUCUCGCCAGCUAGUGGCGAUUCGAUUUACUUUCGACAAAUGAAUUAAUAACUACAACCAAUAGCGAUGUUAGAUCGAGUAUGAAAUGAGCCCAAAAGAGGGCGUCCACCUGGACGAAUGUGUUCACCGCAUUUCGUGUGUACGGAAAUACAAUGACAAACAGCUCGAAUCGCGUGAUU